CCCCCCCCUUCCCUCGAUUUCGUGCUUAAAUAGCACAAGCAAAAUUACUCUGACUCAUUCCUCGUACUAAGAAUAACUCGGACAAAAAUGAAUUUUAAAAUAGCGGAAAUGAUAAAAAUAGCUCGCGUUCAUUUGGAAAUUCCAUGAAAACAUCCCUGUUGUCGUAUUUCGGUUCGUCAUGCUCUGUAAUGGACCUGACCAGUUCUCUAGUAUUACUCCCGUUAUGUAUCCUCUUGAAAGCUGAAAUCAUGAAAACUACCAAUAUACAAGUACCAGAAUGCAGACUGGACGGCCGUCUCCAGAGAUCGGGAAAUACUUCGGAGGACAUGUGCACCCAGUGCCGAGAAUGUCUAAACAAGUCACUGUGUAAAAAGUCAGUCAAAACAAAAUGUAUCCAGUGUCCGCCAGGAUCGUUUGUGAGACUGACACGUAAAGAAAAGAUAUGUCGGGGCUGUAGGAAGUGUUUAAAAAGUGUUCAUCAUAUCAGGUGUGCCGACAUUGUCGACUUGAACUGUAAACUGGAUUGCCGCCAUACGACACCUGACCACCGAUGUAAGCCUUGCUCUGUUUGCCGGGAGGACGAGUUCACGAAGGCUAAUUGUUCUGCAACACAUAAUACCGUAUGUAAGCCGUGCAAACGGUGCAAGCCGUCUCAUUUUGUCCACCGGAAGUGCUCAAAUCAAACUAAUACUCAAUGUAGACCGUGUACCAAAUGCCGUAAAGGCCAUACAUAUAUUUAUAAAAAAUGCAGAGGAAGCAAAGACACACAGUGUAGACAAUGCUCCAAGUGUAAACCAGGUCAUUACGUCAGAAAGAAAUGUACGAUACGUCAUGAUACUAAAUGUGCUCGCUGUCCCUCUGGUAUAGAUUGUGACAGGUGUCCGUCCGGUACUUACAAGUCCGUUCAUAACCGCUCUAUGAGUCGAUGUGUUCCAUGUGAAGCUGGAAGAUUUAUGGAUAAAGAUCAGCACUUUUUAACUUUCUGUAAAACGUGUCGGCGAUGUGGUCCACAUGAACUCAUCGUUCAAGCGUGUAACAUAACACAUGACACGAGAUGUGGACCAUGCAUACCAGGGUAUUUCCGCCUGUCGUCAUCCCACAAUUGUGCUAUGUGCUCGCCCUGUCCCCCGAAUUCUACAGGCCUAGAAGUAGACGAAUGUCGACAAUCUACAAAUGCUAGCCGGAUCUGCAUGCCGCUGACACCUUUAUAUGACCACCAUUAUCAACGACCUUCACCCGAAGACCCGCCAUUAAAAUCUGUAUCAAAAGAUGACUCGACCCCGCCCUUUCCGCCGGCAACUUCAGAUUUUCGGAUUGGGUCAAAGUUGGAUGAUGAAAAACCACUGGAACUCGACUUUGAGACUGAACUCAACACUGAGACUGAGCACUCACAGCUCCCCGACAAGUCUACUCACGACUCUGUCGUCAUCUCAGUCGUAACAUUGGUGAUCUCAUUUCUAUUAAUAGGGAUAACUUUGGUUCUAGUGACAAAAUUCAAUAAAAAAAGCAAAAAUUUAAAAAGAAAAGUCAAUAGCGAGAUUAACGCUGAAACAGUCUCCAUACCAACCCUCUUCUCGACCAAUUCUAUCACAGAUUGUUUCGAUCUUGGUGCUCUCUAUAAGAUUUCGAAUCCUAAGUACAACAGUGAUCCGGAUUUCCAUAAAGCGGACUUUCGGAAUGUCUCUGAAUAUGCAUAUCCUGCCGGAAAUGCCAGGGUUCCGAAAUCCCGCUCCAUGGGGACUGUUGACGUGAUGGAUUUAGAAUUUUGGAGUGAUUGGUAAUUAAACAACGCCCAGUCUCAACUGUAAAAUCAAGGACCAAGUUAUGAGUGUGUCAUUUUAAAACUCAUUUAAAGAAAUAAAUUUGCUUGAAUAAAUAUA